AUGGCACGAUUCGACCCAGAGCCAUUCCUGCUCUACGGACUAAGAGGAAAAGUCAUCGUCCUAACCGGGGGCGCCAAUGGAAUCGGAGCGGCCACGGUAGAUCUGCUCUACGAGAACGGCGCCCUGGUGGUCUUUGGGGAUCUGGAUGCCGAUGCAGGAAAGAAGGUAGAAGCCAGGUAUCCGGAGCGCGUGCAGUUCGUCUCUACCGACGUGUCGAUUUACUCGUCGCUUCUCAAUCUUUUCCACGCGGCGUACGCCAAGUAUCACAGGGUCGAUCACGCAUUUUCCAUCGCGGGCGUAUCGGAGCAGAGCAGCUGGUUUCAUCCAAGUCUGGACCUCAACAGCCUUGAAAAUGUACCCGAGCCCAUUGUGCUGAAAGUAGACCUGCUCGGCCCCAUCUACUUUUCGCGGAUUGCAGCGGGUUUCCUACGACAGCGAACCUCUACAGAUGGGAACGAGGGCGGCACAGCGGAAAAAAAGUCGUUAGUGCUGGUGAGUUCUGUUGCAGGGUUCAUGGAAUCACCGGGGCUCCCGAUAUAUUGCGCGGCCAAACACGGGGUCCUGGGCUUGAUGCGUUCCCUGCGCUGCUCCCUCCCCCAAACCCACGGGAUCAGCGUGAGUGCGGUCUGUCCGUGGAUGUCGGCCACGUCCAUGGUGGAUGACAUCGAGGGACCCUGGCAGAGAGCAGGGCUCCCCGUCAACCAGCCGGCGGAAGUGGCCCAGAUUAUCGUCGGACUUGCGGCCCUGGGCGACGAAGGCAACGGGAAAUCCAUCUACGUAGAAGGCGGGAGAGGCUGGGAUAUAGAAACCGGAUUGGAGCAGACCCGGAAUCAGUGGAUGGGCCAAAAGCAGAGUGAGGCAUGGCUGGAGGGAGAGAAGUUUUUACGAUCUCAUCCAGCGUCGGCGGCAUACUGGUUAGGACAGAAUGGGAUCCAGGGGUCAACGGCAGAGGAAAAGAGCGAUCAGGGCUAG